AGCUAGCGGCCAGUGAGGCCCUGAGAGAGGGCGGGCGGAAGAGUAGCUGGGGCCUAGCAGACAGGAUGGGGGUGAAGCUGGAGGUGUUUCGGAUGGUUCUGUAUUUGUCCUUCCCUGUUGCCAUGUUCUGGAUCUCCAACCAAGCAGAGUACUUCGAAGAAUAUGUCAUCAAAAGGAAGAGGGAGAUCUACCCACCCGAUGAUGACCACCAGAGGAAGGAGCUGGAAGAUUUCAAGGAGAGGAUGCGGAAGAAGCAUGAAGAGCGGCUCCUGCGUGCAGCUCAGCAGUGACAGCACUUCAUGCCCCCCGAGCUGGAUUGAGGGAGAGGGGAGCAUGGCCUGGAGUGGGGGAAGGACACCCCCCCUCCCAACACACCUUUACACACCUCCAGGGGAGGGAGGAUGCAAGUCACCUGCAAGUCACCACCAAGGGGCUGUCGGGGAUGCACUGGCAUGGCUGCAGUCAACUGCCCUCCUUGGAGAACUCCAGGCGUGUUGGGCAAAGGGAGCUGCAGAUAUGAUGCAGGGGGUUAACAGCAAAUAGAGUAACCUGCUGUCUGCUCUCUCAGGGUGGUGGGGGGCUUUGCACUGCUCGUUAACUAAUCCUCACAGCCCUUCUGGGGAAGAGGCUCAAAGGGAAACUAGCUUGAGCAAGUCCCUUCCCUUUGCUGUGCCUCAGUUUCCCCACCUGUACGAGAGGGCGGUGAGGCUGAGUUAAGAGUAAAGUGCUUUGAGCUGCUCGGCUAGGACAUGCCAGGGAAAGGUGCAGUGUUGCAUGAGCAGUGCAGGGGUUUGAGGCCAGUGUCAGGCACGCAAGCUUGGUACUGAGAGGAUGGGUUUCACCUUGUGGUGUUUUGAAUUGGUAGCGCGAGAGGCAGGAAGAUGGAGCCCUUGCACUGGCUGGCAGCACGCCAGGAGAGGAUGGUGGGGCCUGGGCCAGCAGGAUUAUGGAGCCUCUGGAGAGAGGGAUGGGCUGACCUGCUGGAGAGCACAGUGCAUUCCCGCUCCAGGAACGAGCCCCUGGGAUUGCCCCGGUGCUGUCUGACUC